AUGAGCCUACCAGCGUUGCCCAAUUCCUUGCUCCUUCUGACCCAUCUGCAUUUGCUCAAUUUCCCACCGCAAGAUGCGUCCAGAUAUGACGAACAUCUAUUUCACCCCACGCGUUCUGGCAUCCGAGAACGCACCCGAGCAAUGGAGGAAAUUUGUUAUUUCCUUGUAGGUAAGAUUGAAGGCGGGAAGCCACACGCUAGAUCAAUAUUACCGAUGUACCCGUGUCUGAAGCCCUCGGAUACCACUGCAUUCAGAAUAUCACUCUCGAAGUAUCUCGAGGCGCUCAGGCAUACUAGCAUUCACCCGAACCAUCCAACACAUGAAGACAAAGCAGCACGUGAAGCUGAUAAGACACGGACGCAGAUCGCUUCUGCAGCCUGGUGGUGGAGGGACGUCGUGGUCCGCAAGAGCCUGUUGGAGGAAUGCUCUGGCGCGCGCUUUGAACGGCUGAUCCUGGCCCUUUCCACACAUGCUCUCAUGCAAUACAACGGUCGCUCGGCGUUCUCUUCAUCGCCGCCGGAGAUGGAUAAGGCCAGGCUAACGGAAGCACUGGACAAUGUACCUGGGGACUACACCGUUCUUCUAGAGUCCGCUCAAGCCGCCCGCCGUGUCUGGGAACGCCAUGCGGCCAUGCUCAUUCGCCGGCAAGAAGAAUUAAAAAUCUUACGCAGGCGCAUUCUUGACCCUGCUGCCACACACUCAUCAAAAUAUGACAGUCUCUCGACAGACCGACUGAUCGGACUACGUGAUUCAAGACAGCACGACCUUCUCCGCAAAUAUUGGAAGCACGACGGCGGGCGCCGCGCUUUGCACCUCCUAACCGAUAUCGCUGGCGUGCAGAGUGGGCCCAUUACCAUUGGGCCAUGCGUACCCCCUCCAUCUGAUGCCGCUGCAGCCGGAACACAGCGGGAGAAGGCACGUCCGGCUCCUCUUCCCAUCGCAGCCGCUCACCAUCCUGCACACCUUGAGGCGCUGGGUGCACGGCUUCUGCCAGCGCCCGCUACGUCUCGUCCGUCCGACUCAGAUAAUCAGCCAAUCUCACAUGAUGCACAACCUCAGAAUCCAGUUCUAGCCGACCGAAUAGACGCCAUAAUGCGCACACGACAGGCAUUGCAGGAUGCUCUAACGAGGGCAGAGCUCGUCCGACAGGACCUCAAGAAGCGCAUGCAGUAUUUGCAGGCAGCCCUAGGCACUCGCCAAGCGUCAGAAGAAGAAAAUACACUUCCAUUCAGUCUAUGGGAGCCCUGCGCACGCGAGCCGGUCUCAUUUGACACCUGUCCUUCGAUGGAAUUGCUGAGAACGUUCUCUCUCCCUGAGCCUCGAUUUACCUCUGCAAUCGAAGAGCGAAUUGCACAUAUUCGCACGUCUAUGCUGCCUGCCUUCCCACCAGAACAGAGGCCGUCCUCGACCGUCUCUCCGCCAAUAGCAAGUGCGGCAUCUGUUAGCCGGCUGCCCCAGCCUUCCGAAAAGGGGAAAUCAGACGUCGCGGCGCAAGAUCUCGACGGCAGAGGAACGGCGCAAGGUCGAUCAAAAGCUACAAGCGUGGAGAACUUGUGUAGUGCUAUGGCGUCCCAGGUCCAGGUCACCAGCAGGAUAAAUGCACGUCUAACUAGUCAAACGAUGACUGGUAACAGUCAGUCUAGGAGAGCAACUCGCCUGAUAUCCACUGCCAAGAACCAAGGACUAGAUGAUGAGGUCAAUAGGGUGAAUUCUUCGCUCGCUUUCAUGCCGGAUCGCUUACUUCAACGAUCCCCCGUUGCCACACAGAUCCUCGACACGUUCAUCGACGGUUCACCAAACUGUGGAGAACAGCCCGCACAAGCCACACAACAGAAAGCAGCGACCGCUGAUCUACGCGGCGAAAAACAACUUGCUACCCAUAGAAGGCAUUCACCACUAUCUUGGUAG